GCCAAAGCCAAAAGCCACGAACCUCAGAACUUUGCGUCCCCUCAACUCUCUUCCCACCCAGCAUGACGAGCCUCCGCGCCGCGCGCGCAUGGCUGAAGCGCCACCUAUGCUUCAUCGGCCCCGGCCUCGUCGCGGCCGUCGCGUACGUCGACCCGGGCAACUGGGCGACCGACCUGCAAGCGGGCGCAGAGUACGGGUACAAGCUCUUGUUCAUCGUGUUUGUCGCGGGCGUCGCGGCGGUCAUACUGCAGAUACUGAGCGUGCGGCUGGGCGCGGUGACCUCGCAGUCGUUGCCGCAGCAGACGCGGGCGCUCUUCCUGCGCUGGGAGGCGAAAUGGCCCAAGUAUAGGAGGUUGCUCCGCCUCGGGCUGUGGACACUGUGGGCCCUCGCGGAGAUCGCGAUCAUCGCGACCGACCUCGCCGAGCUGCUCGGCUCUGCGAUCGCGCUCAACUUGCUGUUCCCGCGCCUGCCGCUCUGGGCCGGCGUGCUCAUCACCGCCGUCGACGUGCUUGUCGUCCUGCUCUUCUUCAGGUCGAAUUCCGGACGCCAGGGCAUGAUGUUCUUCGAGAUCGUCAUCGUGUCCCUCGUCCUCGCCGUGUUCGUGUCCUUUGCGAUCCUGCUGCACCUCAUCAAACCGGAGUGGCGUGAGGUGUUCCUUGGCCUGGUUCCCAGCAAGACCCUCUUCAAACCCGGAGCCCUCUACCUCGGCGUCGGCAUCAUCGGCGCAACAGUCAUGCCGCACGCGCUCUUCCUCGGCUCGUCCCUCGCCACAGUCGACAGGCUCGGGAUGCUCCCCGUCCCGCCCAGCCGCAAGCCCAAGCGGCGCAACGUGGCGCUGCCCGCGCUCAACGUGUUCGGGCUGCGCCGGCGCAACCAGCAGCAGGAACGCGCCGCGACGCCGGACAAUGUCGAGCUCGCCGAGCUGCCGUCCGUCGCUGCCGCCGGGCCAUCAACCCUCGCCGUCGUCGCGGCCGACGUCGCGCCGCUCCCCAAGAACGCUUCCGACCCCGCGCCGGCCGACGCCGACGACAAGGACGACGACUUUGCCGCCGCGCAGAAACGCUACGAGCGCGAGGUCCGCGCAUUCGACCGCAUCGACUGGGUGCGCCUGCACGUCAACCACGCGUCCGUGGACACGAUUUACUCGCUCUUCGGCUUCGCGCUGACCAUCAACUCUGCGAUCCUGACGCUGGCCGGCGCGGCAUUCUACUACUCGACCACGGGCGCCGACAAGUCGGACGCGAGCCUGUUCGGCGCGCACGCCCUGCUCAAGGACUACAUCGGGAACGGCGCAGCCAUCAUCUUUGCCCUCGCCCUCCUGUGUGCGGGCCAGAGCGCGUCCAUCACCGCCACGCUCGCGGGCCAGAUUGUGUCGGAGGGGUUCCUGGAGUGGCGCACGUCGCCGUUUGUCCGCCGACUCAUCACCCGCCUCAUUGGCGUCAUCCCCGCCACGGUCGUCGCGAUCGCCGUCGGACCAAAGGGCAUGGACGACAUGCUCGUCGCGUCGCAGGUGAUCCUGUCGAUUGUCCUCCCGACGGUUACUGUGCCGCUCGUAUAUCUCUGCUCGCAGGAGAGUGUGAUGGGCGUCGACGGGCCAGUGGAGGAGCGGCCACUGGCGCAGGUGGACCGCACGGUGAGCCCAGAGUCGCCUGACGCCGUGCCCACGCCCGCGCCAAGCAACACAGACGAUGACUCCGCCCCGCCACGCCGCCGCCGCUCCUUUACAAGCCCCAAGUGGCUCACGGGCAUCGGCUACCUCCUGUGCUUUGUAGUCAUCCUCGCGAACGGGUACGUGAUUGUCGAGCUCGCGCUGGGCAAUGGAUAGAGCGGCGUUGCAGCAUGCAUCAUUAUCAUGGGGUGGACUUUUGUGGUUGUAGUUGCCGUGAAAAUGCCACCGUGUUACUCGGA